CCUAUUUUUUAUUACUCUUCUGGGACCGUGCUAGGUGUUCUAAUGACAUUAGUCUUUGUCCUGCUGCUGGUGAAAAGGUUUAUUCCUAAGUACAGCACCUUUUGGGCUCUAAUGGUCGGUUGUUGCUUUGCUUCAGUUUAUGCUGUGUGCGGAUGGAUGGAGGACCUCAAGUGGCUGUGGCAUGAAAACAGAGUAUAUGUAUUAGGCUAUGUCCUAAUGGUGGGAUUUGUCAGCUUUGCUGUUUGUUACAAACACGGGCCCCUUGUCAAUGAAAGGAGCGUAAAUCUCCUGGCGUGGACACUGUGGCUCCUUUCCCUGGUCCUGAUCUACUGCGGGGUCACCGUGCCCCAGUGCUCUUAUGCAGUCAUGGUCCUCAUCCUGUCCUUCAGGAGUCUGCGCUACCCCCUGAAAGCCUUCAGUUAUGUGAGGUGGAAGACGAAGCGGUGGCGGGCUGCAGCCAAGCCGGCGGGCCGGUUCCUCACCGACGACGAGUACCGCGAGCAGGCGGACGCGGAGACCAGCCGCGCCCUGGAGGAGCUGCGGCGCGCCUGCCGCAGGCCGGACUUCCCGGCGUGGGUGGUCGUCUCCAGACUCCGGGCCCCCAACAAUGUCCCGACUCGUGUCCCACUGCCAGUGCCAGGACAGACACUUACCGGACGUGUCGGAGAGGGAAGGGCAGAAAGAUCUCGUGCAUAUGGGGGUCCCCGGUAUGGAAGAUCAUUUUCAAAGUUGAACAAGAGAGACUCUUUGCCCCAACGUCAUCUUCCUUACUGCUUCCCCUUCUUCAUAGCCUUAUCCAAAUAGCAGUGCCCUCAGACUGAGUGUUGAAAGGAAAGUCUUGAUGUGCUAAAAUAACCGUGAGUAAUGAAUCUAGUAAGAAAGAGGGAGGGAAUGAGCGAACGGGAGUGGGUAUGUUCAGUGGCGGCCAGUGCUCCUAAGCGUGCCUGCUUCUCUGCUCUGCCCCUGAAUUUCUCUACAAGGAUCCCACAAGCCACUGCCGUUUUUACAUCUAGUGUAUAACUGCUGUUCUCUAUUGACAUGAAGUCAGAUUUAAUUAAGGAAGAUAAAUAGCAAGAGAACAUGUUAUCUUCCAAAUAAACCUUUCUGUGAUGACAUUGACCUUAUUUAAAACAAAUAAAUGCU